AUGAUUGUCAUUGACAAAUAUUUUCAGUUUAAAAUAUUUAUGAUGUGGUCACCAAACUCUUCCAACUCUCAGCUUACUCCUUACCAUAAAUUCAUGUCAAAAGCUGUGGUUUUUCCUAUCAGUGAAGUCAAGUUGCUGACUGAUUCCCUUGCUUUCAUGCAUAUCACUUUAUGUGUUACGGUUGCAAAAAUUGAUAAGCUCAUUGAAUCAGAAUACAUAUGGUACAAACUUCAAGUUGAUGUUCUUCUUUGCGGAAGUCGUUGUGGGAUUAAUGACCCAUUUGAGUACCCCUUAGCACUUGACAAGUUGUUGGGUAAGGAGUUUUCUUUUAAGGUGAAGUGGCAAGUGCAAUGGGACAAUUGUUUUGUUGUCUCGAUACUUCAAGAAACUUAUGUGAUCGAGCAACUAAAGGCUCCCUGGGAAAGGGAUAACUAUAUGUUACAUCUCAAUACACUUUAUCAUAAUGACAUUUGUUCUAUUUUUUCUAAUAUUAAAGAGAGUGUCGGUGAAGCUAAUUCUAUUGAUGAUUGUGAAGUAAUUAAGGAACUCAAAAUUACUUCCAAACUCAACCCAGAUCUAGUCACACCGACGACAAAGAGACAAAAUCCUGAUGGGUCAAGUGAAUCAAUAACUUUAAUCAACUUGGUUGAUGGUGAACUCUCCUCAACCAAGCAUAAUAAGCUGAUCAAAAUUGAGAAAUUGUAG